UUCACUUGCUGCCGCCACGAGCACACCACAAAGGGAGAGUGUAUCAACGGUUAGUGUCAGACGAUCCUGGCAUGCCAUUGGAUGAGCAUGAUUGAAGGUAUCGAUGAGAGAUUUGUCUUUAAUUGACGACAUUUGGCAGCCACUGGGUAACAAUCAUGCCAGCACUCUAGUUUAGUAAACGUACACAUUCGAUGGUCGGAUAAGCUCGGAUACGAGACAUUGGGAAAGUACCUUGGAAAUAUCUCUUCAGAAGUCAUUGGGUUUAUUCAACACAGGAUUCCACUCUUGUUUUAUAUUGUGACAGAAAGAGGACAAUUAGGACACAAAUGUUAGACUUGAUGACAACAAGAUUUUUUGAAGACAUUUCAAAGACUGAAGAGCAGACACCAAGACACCAGACACACCCUGGGAGGUCCAACCAGCAUGUUCACGAAGAACAAGGAAGGGACUUACAUAUUAGACAAUCGAACAGACAGUGCCAUUGUAGUGAAUCCAGACAGCACCACAUCAAGACCAAGGAUAUCAAGAACAGACAGCAACAUUGUUGUGGACCAACAACGUAUCAUAUCGAGACUCCAUGGAAAAUUCGGAAACAAACGCAUACAGAGAGAACAGUCAAUAUUGGUGGAGUAUUACUUCCAAAUUCGGCCAGACGAAUAAAUAAGCGGACACCAGCAAUAAGCUUAACAAGAAUCGUCUAUAAAAUCUGUAUUUCACUAACUUACCAGAGGGCUGAGGGAUACAAACUCUACAUAGGAUAAAAAUCGGCAAUACCAAAGUGAUAUCAUUAUCACUCAGAAAUUUGAUAAACCUGAAUUAUAUUCGCUGCUUGGAUUAUAUCGCUUGUUGCCGCCAGCAAGCUAAAUGAUACUUUGGUGAGAUAACUGUGAAAAGUGUGCAUAAAAGUGGUGUAAAAAAGGAGAUAGUGACUGGAGUAACUCUUGCGUAAAUUUAUCCAGUCUCAAUGCCAGCUAGCGAAGCUGGCAGAAAUUGCUCUCAGAGAGUGUGAUUUGAUUAAAUUUACAACAACGUUACCUACCUUUUCAAAGCUCCUUCGAGCGUUCAUUAUUGCACAAUUACAUUUUUAUUUACUUCAUAUAAAUCGUCAAGUGGAUAUAUAAUUUGUUUGCCGAGGUGUGUAGUCUCGAGCAUGGCUAACAAAGUGCAAAUAUUCUGCAAACUUGCCGGCUUCUGUGUAAUCAUCUAUCGCCUGGCAUACUUCUGUAUGGCCACGAACCCCGAUGAACUCGAAAGACUGAAAUUAAAAGGCUGUCACUUUCAUGAAAGGAGUCGGUCAAAGCUGACGUGUUCUGGUCUGUAUCAUUCAAUGUCGAUAUCACGUUUAUGGAUCGUAUUAAGUUAUUUAUCGUGCCACUACACCAUGCUGGGAUUUUACUUAGAGAACGGAAACCUUACAAACAUGACAACCAAUAUAUUCAUCCACAUGAAAGACUUAGACGAGUUAUCGAUAAAAUCAUCCGGGAUCGUCAAUAUCGACAAAUCGUCUUUCAACGGUUUGAAAAUGUUACGCACACUCAAUCUGAUUGGGAACGAGAUUCCUUUAGUGCCCCAGGAUCUAAACGAGACGUUACCAAUGUUACGUUAUCUAUACUUGGAUAAUAACGAAAUCACACGGAUAUAUAAAACGAGUUUUCAGGGCUAUCCGGCUGAUUUACAAAUAAUUUCGAUCGGGUACAAUAAAAUCAAAGUGAUAGAAAAUGGUGCUUUUUCCUCGCUAAGAAAAUUAAAAGAGAUACAGUUGCGAGGAAAUCGCUUGAAACGUAUCACGGAUAAGACAUUUAGAUUUCAAACUGAUUUGCUCAUACUUGAUAUCUCUUUCAACAUUGGUAUCGAACUCAAAUCUGGAUGUUUUUCAUCACUGACGGAGUUAAGGACUUUGAAUUUACGCAACUGCUGGCCAAAUGGAAUCCCAAAGGAUCAAGAGCUAUUUUUAGCUCAAGGUUUAGAGUGGACGGUGAUUGAAAAGUUAGACUUGGGACACAACAAGAUUGCAUCCCUCAAUGAUUAUGGGUUCAGGCCGUUCGGCGCAAAGUUAAAAUUGUUAGACUUGGAAUUCUGCUCACUUGAAAAACUUGAGGACAAUGUCUUUGCGCAAUUCGUCAAUGUAGAGACACUGUUUCUACGAAACAACCAGAUUACGAUAAUCGAGGAUAAUGCAUUCACAGGGUUAUUUUCACUCAGGACGAUCAACCUGGAGCGUAAUCACCUGGUGUCCAUAAGUGAAAACGUUUUUCGGGUUUUGGGAGAUAAUGUCCACGUAGCGCUUGAAGGGAAUCCUUGGUCUUGUAGUUGUAUGAUGGCAACACUGCAGUCAUGGAUCAUAGCAAAUCAACCAAACUUGAACGUAACAUGUAAAUCGCCCACGGAAUUAAACGGACGAAAUCUUAAGGAUGUUACACAUAGCUCAUUAUAUUGCACAAAACCGGAAUUAUGGCAAUGUUGCCGAACGCCAAUCAUGUCAACAGUUGGCGCUACUGUCUUUGUGGAAUGCGCAGCAACUGGCAUCCCAUUACCGAUCGUGGAGUGCUUCCCACGUAAAGGUAAUCCUUUGCCAAGAAAUCAGACUUAUGAGGCAAAAAGCUAUGGCGAAACCUUGGCAGUGAAUAAAAUUUGGGUGAAAGACGUCACUACAAGGAAUAGUGGUAUGUUUGAAUGUCUUGCGACAAGUUCGCAAGGACAGGCCUCAAAGCAAUGCUCAAUUAAAGUUAUCGAAACCGCGCUUCCAGUCAAACAGAAAGGUGGUGCUGGGUGCCAAAGACACACACUUUUUAGUUUUACUGUAAUAGUUACCUUAGUGUUUAUUAUGUAAGUUAGGAGUAUAUUGCAAUUGAUGAAGAGGUGUACAGUAAAAAAUAGAAAGAAUAUACAAUAUUUAAGUUCCACAGAUCCCAAAAAUUAGGAUCUGCACACCAUGUGACAUCGAUUCCAAAGCAAGUGUAGGGACUGCCCACAUAUUGGCAGAUCGUGACUGAAAAUGUCAAAUUGAAUUUCGUCUAUUGUGAUUGACGUUCAAGACAUCUUGCCAAGAUGAUGUCAGAUAUCAAGCAUCCAACGCAGACAAUGGACCAAGACAUGAUCAUGGAUGUCCAAUCAAAUUGUUCCUUUUCUUGCUAAAUCUCACUUGCUUGAGCCUUGAAGACUAAUUUGGGUUAUUUCCUGAUGAAAUAAGGUUUUGAACAGCCUGUAGUAAGUCUUAGAUUUCAGGAAAUUAAUUGUAAACUAUUGUU